AACCAACAUAUGAACGGUUUUUUGGUUUACUUGGUCGACAACUUUGUAUAUUAAAAAAAGAAUAUGUUGAAUAUUUUGAAAAACUUUUUCAACAUCAAUAUGAAAUUGUUCAUCGUCUUGAAAAUGUUAAAUCAACAAAUGUUGCCAAAUUUUUUACACAUUUACUUACUGCUAAUGCUAUUUCAUGGAGUGUAUGUAUUCAUUUUUAA